AUGUCCCGCCUCCCCAACAAAACGACCUUCUUAACCGGCGGCGCCUCAGGCAUCGGCCUCGCAAUCGCCUCCAUUUUCCUCUCCCAUGGCUCCAAUGUGUUCAUCCUCGAUUCUUCUGCUGAAAAUAUCGCUACUGCUGGCGCGCACUUGGCGUCUCUCUUCCCUCCUCCGUCUCCAUCUACUUCCCCUCCUCAAUUUAUUUCACCUCCUCCCUCUGCGCAAUCUAUUUCCAAUUCACCACCGCGCUCCGACGCUCAGAACAGUUUCCAUACAAGUUCUAAAUUUCUCUUCAAGCAAGGCGACGCAGCUGACAGUGCAUGUUUGAAAGACGCAAUUGACGAAUGUGUAGAGGUGUUUGGAGGACUGGAUAUAGUUGUUUUGAAUGCGGGGGUUUUGCCGAGGGUGAAGGGGAUUCUGGAGGUGAGUGGGGAGGAGUGGGAGAGGGUUAUGAAGGUUAAUGCUUUUGGUCCAUUCAUUGGCAUUCAACUCUCUGCCCGGAAGAUGAUUGAGAUCAACGAGCAGAACCACAAUCUCGAAACACAUCCGCUACCCUCACCUCCAACUACAACCUCCAACUCAAAUCCCACCAUCGGCACCAUCCUCCUCACCUGCUCCACCUCCGGCCUACGCUCUCGCCCCGGCGUCUCAACCUACACCAUGUCGAAAUUCGCCGUCCGAGGACUGACUAUCGCCGCAGCUCAGGAAUUGGGCAAGUUUGGAAUUAGGGUUAAUGCUGUUUGUCCGGGGAUGGUGGACACGCCGCUUUUGAGGGGGGCGGGGUUGGAUUCUGGGAGGGUGGGGAGGGAGGGUGCGUUAGAGAGAUUCGGUACACCGGAGGAAGUAGCGAAGGUAUUUCUGUUCCUGGCCAGUGAAGAUGCUUCGUUCGUUACGGGGAGUUUGUAUAGAGUUGAUGGUGGGUUGGUGGAUAGCUGAGUGAAAUGAAGUGUACGAGGGAUUGCUGGGUAAUUGAGAAGGUCGCUGUACCCGACCAUUCCAGGUUUGUCGCGCGAGUCAGGCGCUGUGCUAAGCGAGGUCGGUGUUUACUUCUGUUCUCAUUUUACUAACCCAUGGAUGAUUUCACUUCACGGGCAGUUUAGUUAUCAUGAAAUCGAGAGGAUAAAUAGAAGCCAACCAUCUGUGACACAGAUACAAUUCUUGCGCUUUACUGCGCAGGCUUUGCGGUACGGCUGUUUUCUUCGAUAAACUGAAUCAUGGAGGAAGAAUAUGUCUGAGAGGUUUUCCAAAUCGUAAAAAAAUAUA